GAGGGAGAGCAGAGGCACGUGUGGCCUUGCUUACACGUUAAGGACAAGGCGACGCCGGUUCCUUCUUCUCUGACCUCGGUCCGAAAAUCCAAACACCACGCCGCUUUUGGUCUCUGGCGACCGAAGGCGAUUGAGUCGCUUUGUUUGCUACUUAACGCUUUCGAAUUUUGUAGCAGAGUUGUUGAGUCGUCCGUCGAACAACCCUGGAAGACUCGUCCCUGUUGCGACGUUUCCCUGCUCAUGCGCCUUUCUUUCUUCUCCAAUAAGAAGCAAGCAAAACGAGGGAAGCCUUCCAUCCAUUCUUUUUUCCCUUCUUCUAACCCCCCUCUCUCUCUCUCUCUGUGGUCAUGGAGAAGAGGCAUCAGCUCCUUGUUAUCUUUCUAUUCUUAGCAGCCUUCUUCUCGUCUGGAAGAUCGCAGUCGUACAUCGGGAUAAACUACGGGCAGAUGGCGGACAACCUCCCGCCGGUGUCGGCGACGGCGAAGCUCCUCGAGUCGACGACUUUCGGAAAGGUCCGGCUGUACGGCGCCGACCCGGGCAUCAUCCAGGCCCUCGCCGGCACCAACAUAUCACUCGUCCUCGGCGCCGCCAAUGCCGACAUCCCCUCCCUCGCCGCCGACCCGUCCGCCGCCUCCCGCUGGGUCUCCGCCAACGUCGCCCCUUUCCUCCCCGCCUCCUCAAUCGCCGCCAUCUCCGUCGGCAACGAGGCCCUCAACUCCAGCGACCCCUCCCUCGCCUCCAACCUCCUCCCCGCCAUGCAAAACCUCCACUCCGCUCUCUCCUCCGCCGGCUCCGCCGCUGCCUCCAUCAAGGUCUCCACCGUCCACUCCAUGGCCGUCCUCUCCCAGUCCGAACCCCCCUCCUCCGGCGCCUUCCGCUCAGACCUCGGCCCCGCCCUCGCCGCGAUACUCGCUUUCCUUCGCGACACCGGUUCCCCCUUCAUGAUCAACCCCUACCCCUACUUCGCCUACCGCGACGACCCCCGCCCCGAAACCCUGGCCUUUUGUCUCUUCCAACCCAACCCUGGCCGCUUGGAUGCGGGAUCCAAGAUCACCUACACCAACAUGUUCGACGCCCAGGUCGACGCGAUCCACUCCGCCCUCAACGCCGCUGGCUUCCCUGACGUCGAGAUCGUCGUGGCCGAGACCGGCUGGCCCUACCGCGGCGAUCCCGGCGAGGCCGGCACCACAGUCGACAACGCUAAGGCAUUCAACGGCAACCUCGUCGCCCAUCUCCGGUCCAUGGCCGGGACGCCGCUGAUGCCCGGCCGGCCGGUGGAGACCUACAUCUUCGCGCUCUACGACGAGGACCUCAAGCCCGGGCCGACCUCGGAACGAUCAUUCGGCCUCUUCCGUACGGAUCUCACCAUGAUCUACGACGCCGGCCUCUCCAAGUCCAGCCCCGGCCCCUCCCAGGCCCAUUCCACGCCUCCGCCGCCGGCCGGGCCGGCAGCGGCGGGGCAGCCGUGCGUGCCGGGGACGGUGGCGCAGGCGAGCACGGGAGGCGGUCCGAUCCAGUGCUCCCUACCCAGCGCCGUCGGAUCCAACGCGCCGCACACGAUGGACCUCUCAUACUGGUUCCGCUUUCUAGUUGAUCGACGGCUGAGAUCGAACGGUUUCAUUGUAUCAGUCACGUAUCGCACUCUGUGUUUUUCUUUUUCUUUUUUAUUUUACGCUACGUUGUCGCUUUUGUUGAUCUAGCUGGCGCGUACCCAUACGGAACGAUAUGAGCCUCCCGGCGUGCGCACGUAAGAACAUAUGCGGACGUGGGAUAGCCGCCCGUUUUUCUCCCAUUCUGCUCUCCCCCAUCUCGAGGUCGGGCGGCAGUGGGGCGAUCCGCAUAUGAAUUUCUAUGUGCGCGUCGGGGAGUCUGCAUUGUUCCAAUUGGGUUACAUUUCAGCGUAGGUAUUGGUUUGUUAUAGUUCCUGUAUAUAUAUAUAUAUGCGGGGAACUAACUUGUAUUUUAUUAAGGUGGGGGCCACAAGAGGUGUGGGUGAGUGGCUUGUGGUUCGGGUCUUUAAUGGUUGUCUUUUCUGUCAUAAAUGAAUAAAAAGAGAGAAGAACGAAAAGUUUGUGAUGUAGUUUUUAUGGUCUUAUCUUAUUCCUUUGUACCUGUCAUCCUCUUUGCAGUUUGGCUGGGAUUGUCCUGGCUGGUGCCUUCUCACGUAAUCAUUUCAUGAACAAGUGGUGGCCUACGUGUCGCUCGUUCUAUGAGAUAAAUUUGUUUCAAACACAUUUAUUUGAGAUAUAUUAUUUUUGAAGAUAUA